UACGACGGGCCGUCUACCUCCAAUCACCGGUUGCAGGGCAUUCUGUUUACCUCUUCAAUCAUUUGAAUCUAGAAUUCCUUUACCCCAGUCUUUAAAACGUUUUGCAUUUGUCGGAUAUUAUAUUUUCCCAGAGCUCUUACUCCACUCCGCUCCGCUAGCAGUCGGGGAGGUGCCGUUACAACUUUGAGUUUUUCCUUGACUCCGCGGGUCGAACAUAGAAAAGAGGAGGCAUCCCAAGAUUACUUCCAUAAUGAAUCCUGAAGAGAACGAGGUCAAAGAUGAGCGCCUGCAGCAUCAGGAAGAAGGGGCUGAUGAUGAGGAAGAGAUUGCGGCGAUGAAGAGACGGGUAGCCGAAAUGGAAUCCGAGGCGGCGAAGUUGCGCGAGAUGCAAGCCACCCUUGAUCAACAGUCCGAGAACCUGCGGGAAGAUAAGGAAGAGAUCGAUGCGCGGAGUAUUUUCGUCGGCAACGUUGACUACGGUGCUUCCCCGGAGGAGAUUCAGGCGCAUUUCCAGAGCUGUGGCUCAAUAAACCGUGUUACUAUUCUCCUGGAUAAGUUCACGGGUCAGCCGAAAGGGUACGCAUAUGUAGAGUUUGCAGAGCCUAGCUUGGUGGCCCAGGCACUUGUUCUAAAUGAGAGUGUUUUCCGUGGCAGGAACCUUAAGGUUGUCCCCAAGCGCACCAACGUGCCCGGCAUGACUCGAGGUCGCGGACGAGGUGGCUUCCGAGGCCGGGGUUUCUUCCGUGGCGGUUAUCCCCCUCGGGGAGGCUACCGCGGAGGCUAUCGUGGUGGCCGGGGUCGGGGCUAUGCACCUUACUAAAAUGCAUGCAACGUAUGCCGCCACGCCGAGGGCGAAUAGUUCGCAGAUAAGAGCAAGCGAUCUCGAACGAGUCGAGUGAAAGAGGAAUACGGCUGAACACGUCCACAUUAAAUCGAUAAAUCGUGAGGUUUCUCUGAUUUCAUGGAGAAUACUUUGGAGUUGGGGAUGGGAUGUACUGUA